AUGUCGGAAGAAUAAAUUCCUGAAGAACUUUUUAAUGAGUAAAUUAGUAUUGCUCCAUCCAUAUAUACACAUAGUUCAAUAAUUUAAGAUAUUCAAAAUAAAAUGAUUCAAUCUAGUUCUAAAAUUUAAAAUGAUCCAAUAAUUCUAAAGACUUCUCUGAGUAAUGAUAUUUUCAAAGAAGAUAAUUUGGAUAUAUCUAAAUUUGAUCCAAAUAAUCCAAAAUAUAAGAGUAAACCUCAUGAAGUUCAUUUUCAGGUAAAUUCAUUUAUUAAAUACACUAUUUUCACAUUAAUAUAUACUGUGAUAGGUCCUUUGGUUAUACCUAUAUUUAUUUGGACUCAUAAAUAAUUACUCUAUAAUUUUUAAUUAUUAGGUUUUAAAUGGACAUGUUUAUGCACAUACCUCAGAUAUUUUUUAGAUUUAACUUUAGCCAUAGGUUUUAUAUAUCAUCCUAUGAAUCAAUUUUAACUCUAAUGUAUAAAUUCAUAUCUUAAAUUAAAUAGUGCUACUUUAUUAUGCUAUUCAACUGUUUUCAGAAUUAGUAGUCUAAAAUAUUAUGUUAGCUUUUUAUCAUCCUUAAAAGAUUGAAUUAUUAGAAAAAUUCCCACUUGAAGUUAUAAUGAAUAAAUUUGAAAAUUAGAUUAACCCACUUCGAUGGUGUUAAUAGAGUCCUGAAUUAAUUUAAUUUGAGUUAGAGUAAUCAAUACGUAGAUUACAUAUUGAGCCUGGGUUAUUUCUUUUUUUCUUUAUAGUUUAACCAAAUGAAAAAAGAAAAGACAAAAUUUCUCAUAAAUUUGAGAAUUUAAAGGUUGAAGGUAAGUAUGCUGGAAAUGGUAUUAAGAUGGGUAUAGAAAUAAUCUAAUAUUAUAAUGAAUAAUCUCCUCUUUAUAUUUAUAUAGCUGUGGCAACUGCAUUGACUAUUAUUCGUCUUUGCAUUACAGUAACUUAUUCAUUCUUUUAGAAAGCAGUUUCAAUAUAAAUUGCAAUGUAUGUAGCUAUCACUAUCCUAAAUACUGUUGGAUACUUUAUUGUAAUAUCAAUCAUUUUGAUAACUUUCAGAGACUUACAAAGAAAAGUGUUUAGCUUAAAUCAACUAUCACAUUUAAUAUCUACUCAACAAGUGGAAGAAUAUGAUGAAACCAAAAUAUUCCCCACAUUAAAUUUCUUAUGUGUUCAAUCCUUAUUUGCAUGGUAGAAUCUAAGAAAAGUUAUCUUAGAUUAUGGUUUAUAGUAUUAUUAGAGGGAAAAUGCUAUCAUUUCAUUUUGUUUAGAAAUCAUAUUGAUUUUGGUUAUCUUUGCUAUUUUGAAUAUGUUUGAUGUAAUAAGUUGUUACUCUUUAAGUGAUGGAAGUAAGAUCUCUUUAUUCAUAUUAAUAAGCUAUGAUGUAUUAACAAUUAUGUUUCUAUCUAUUCUUGUUGUAUUUUAGGGUGCUCGAAUAAAUAAGCAUUUUAAAAUCCAUUAAACAAUGUUAAAGAAGAAUAUGUUUACAUAUUAAUAACUUUCAACCUAAUCAUUCAUUAAGAAAGAAUUUCAUGUUCAACCUUAAGAUUUUAUGUUUAAAACACUCAAAGCUAUAUUGGACAGAAUACAAUUUGGGGAUUAAAAUAAAAAUUGGUUUUUUUUGUAUUCAUAAUACAUAUUGAAUGCUAUCGAUUAAGCCUAUGCAGAUCUAUGUUAUGAGGAAGAAAAUAGACCAUUUACUGUAUUAGGAAUAGCUAUGACAUACAGUUUAGCAUUUCAACUUAUAGCAAGUUUUCUCGGUAUUUUGGGAACAAUCAUUAUAAGUUUAUACUUCAAUGUUGAUAUAUGA